AUGGAAACAAGAAGAAGCUUAAAAGAAAAAAAUAAUCAAAAAGAAUUCGAUAUAAUUAAACAGAAUGUCCAAAAUAAAAAUGCUAGCCAUAAGCAUGCUGAAAACAAAACUGCAGAAUCAAAAAAUGUUUUGAAACAUUCAGCUAGCGAAAAAAGCAAAGCAGGAAAUAAGAAUGUUAGAAAAGAGUCGCAAGAGAAAGAAAAUAAUUCAUUUAAUUUAAAAGAAGAUUUAGAAAAAAAAAUAAAAAAUAAAAGAACAAAUAGUAAAGACCUUGCAAAGAAUAAUAUAAAAAAUAAUGUUCCUAGGAGGAAAGAGAAAAAAAAUUAUAUCAUAAGUAGUACCUUAUCUAUAGGAGAUGAUGAUAUAAAAGACAAAUGUGAUAAUAAAAAUGAUAAUUAUAAUAUUAGUAAGCGUUUAAGAGUAUAUGAAAAAAAAAACAUUGAAUAUGAAAAAGGGAAACAUGCUACACACAUGAACAGAUUGACAAAGGAAGAGAAACGUAGUAGCAGCAUUUCCAAUAGAGGGAAUAACAAAAAUAAUCAUAAGACAACAUUCAAAAGUAAUCAUAAUAAUAAUAAAAAAGUAGGAGGUACUCAAAGAGUGCCAGAAGAAAUAAAUACAACACAAGGGAAGUUAAAUAAUAUAAAGAAAAGUAAGAGUAGUAAUAAUAAAUGUGAUGAUAAUAAUAAUAUAUGUGAUAAUAAAAAUAUAUAUGAUGAUAAUAAUAAUAUAUGUGAUAAAAAUAAUAUAUGUGAUAAAAAUAAUAUAUGUGAUAAUAAUAAUAUAUGUGAUAAUAAUAAUAUAUGUGAUAAAAAUAAUAUAUGUGAUGACAAGUAUCAAUAUGAUGAUGAUAUCAUUGAUACUAAUUUAUUUGAAGAGAAAAAAGAAAAUCUAAACGAUAUUUUGAAAAUAAUAAAUAAUAACAAAGAAAGUAUAAAUAAUCUACCAGAUGACAAGAAGGAAGAAAAAGAAAAGCAUGUUGAUGUCGAUCAUGCUUUAUCUGAUUUAUGUAGUGAUAAUAAAAUAUGUAGUGAUAAUAAUUUAUGUAGUGAUGAUAAUUAUAACAUAAGCAAAGAAAGUGGAAAGAAAAGAAAAAAGCGUGCUAGCCAUUUGGAUAAAAAAUUAGAUGAUCUAUCUAAAAUUAUUCAAGAGAAUGAAGAAAAUGAUUUGAAUAUGAUUAAACAAAUACAUGAAAUUAUAAAAUCAGAAAAGGAACAAUCACAAGAUUCUUGUUCAGAUAUUAUAAACAAAACGAGAAAGGAAAGAAAUUUAGAUAUUCAUAAAGAUAAUAUAAAAAUUUUAAAAGAUGUUGAUGAACAGAUACGAGAUGAAGAUGAUAUUAUGUCAUCUGAUGAUAAAGCUAGAAAAGAGGAAAUAGAAAAAAGGGACAUAAAGAAAAAUAAAGAAGUAGAUAAAAUCAUAUAUGAUAAGUUAGAAAAUAAUAAUAGUAAGAAAAAUGAAAAUAUAAGUGAAAAUAUAACUACAAAUAUGCAUACAUAUAUAUGUGAAAAUAUAUGUGAAAAUAUAUGUGAAAAUAUAAAUAUCAACAAUAUGAAUAGUAAAAAUAAUAACACACAUCAUAACAAUGUGAAGAAAAAAUCAGAGAGAACUAGUAAUAAAAAAAAGGAAGAAGAAAAUAAUAGAGAUGAUGAUAAUGAUAGCUAUAAUUGUAUAGAAAUGGAACCAUUGACACAUAGGCUUAGUGAGAAUAAAUCUGAAAAUAAGGAGCAACAAAUAAUUUUGAAUAGAAGUAUUAAAAGACGUUUAUCACAAAUAUUAGAUAACAUGAAAAAAAAGAAAAUAUUUGAAAUUAUAAAUAAUGAUAAUGAUGAUUAUACAAAUAUAUGUUUUAAUUCACAUAAUAUAAAAGAGAAAUUAAUAGAACGUGUGAUGAUAAAUAAAUUAACAAGAAUAUCAUGUAAUGAAAAUGAUAAUUUAAAUAAUGGAAAUGAAAAUACAAAUUAUUAUUUAGAUAAAAUAAAUCUAGAUGUUAUAUAUAAUAAAUUACAUUAUGAUUUAUAUAAAAAUGAAGAAGAAUUCCAUGAUGAUGUUUUUUUAAUGUUUCAAGUUUUAAAAAAUAUCAUUGAAGAAACAAAAGAUAAAAAAGAACAAAUGAAUCUUUUCAACUUAAGAAAAAAUGAAUUCAAAAAUUAUGAACAUGAAUUCUAUAAAAUGUUAAUAUCAGUUAGAGGUACUAAAUGUGCAAAUAAAUUUAUGAUGGAUCAACAGCGUUAUCAUGAAAAGGAAGACAAAUAUUUUUUUAAAUUUUUUAUGGAAUCUGAAAAAUUAUCUCACGAUGAUAAAGAAAAAGUAGGAAUCGCAAGCAAAAAUAAAAUUAACAUCAUCAACAUUAACAGCAACAAUAAUAAUAAUAGUAACAAUAAUAACAAUUUUGUAAGUGAGGAUCAUACUUGUGUGAGUAAUAAAUAUAAGCCUUCCACAUCUUCUAUCAUGUUAAAAGGAUUAAAUGUAGAGAAUCAUAAAAAUAAUCCAAAGCAUGAAAUUAAUAAAGAAGGUGAUGAUAAUAUUGUUAAUAUUUAUAUAACAGAUGAAGAAUAUGAACUAAGUGCUAAAGGAUGUGAAGAUACGUAUAAAGAUAACAUGUCGAAUGCAGAUAAUAUGGACAUUAUAUCAAAUUCUGUUUUAUUAUGUAAUAGAGCUGAUCAUCUUAAUAUUAUAAAUAAUAACGAAGGCUUACAUUUAAAAUCUUCAAGUAAUAUUAACAAUUCAAACAAUAAUAAUAAAUGUACUAAUAAUGAUAAAUACUCAUCAUUAGUUUUAAAUAAUCAUAUAGAGCAUAAGGAUAUCUUGAAUGGUGAGCAUAUAUCAUCUCCAAAUUAUAUUACUAGUGUUGAGAAUGUUGAUAAAAAGGGUUUACAUAUAUUGGAAGGAAUUAAUGACCAUAUAAAACAACAACCCAUCCAUGAUAAUAAUAAUAAUGAUCAUGAUAAUGAUCAUAAUGACAAUAAUAAUGACAAUAAUAAUAAUAAUAAUAAUAUUAAUAAUAAUAAUUAUUAUUAUAACAAAUCAGAGAAUACAAAUAAAAGAUUAUUGAAACAGUGGGAAAAAAUGCUCAGAGAUAAUGUUUUAAAACUUUUAAAAAAUGAUAAUAAUUCGUUUUAUUUUAAAACACCUGUUUUAGAAGAUAGUAGUAUUAAUGAUAAUAUAAAAGAAGACUACAAAAUGAAAAUUAAGAAACCUAUGGAUUAUAUAACCAUAUCUAAAAAUUUAUCAGAUGGUAUAUAUAAAGAACCCAUUGAUUUUUAUUAUGAUAUGAAAUUAAUAUAUAAAAAUUGUAUAGAUUUUAAUCCUGAUAUAGAAGAAAAUAAAUAUAUUAUUGAUGCUGCUAAAAGUAGCGAUUUGAAAUUUGAAUAUUUAUGGAAUAAAUGGAAAGAAAAAAUAAAUAAUAAUUUUUGUGAUUUAAAUAAUAAUAUAUUUAAUGAAGUGUAUUAUAUAGAAUUUUUUAAAAAAAUUACAAAAAAAAAAAAAAAACAUAGUUCUAUCUAUACUAUGUGGAUAGAUUAUCUUAUUAGUAAUAAUAUAAAUAUACAAGAAUUUUCAAAAUUAAGAAAUAUUAAUAUUAACGAAUUAAAUAAAAAAUGUAAACCUAAAAUUAAUAUUAAUAAUAUCAAUUUAAUAAAUUAUAAAAAAUUAAAUAAAAAUAAUUUGUUAUCUUAUAUAUUCAAAGAAGAAUAUAACAACAUACUUAAUACAAAAAAAAAAUCAUUAACUGUUUCAUCCACUGGAUUUAUAGAUGAAUCUAUAGACAAUAAUACAAAUAAUUUUUCUACACAAAAUAUUCAAGGAAAUGAUUUACCAGAUUUAAAUGUUCAAAUAAAAAAUUUAGAUACUACCAGUUAUGAUAAUAUAAAAAAUUGUAAAGAUAAUAUAAAUCAAUUGUGUAACUUAUAUGAGAUGGAAAAUAAUCAUCAUUUAAAUCAAACACAUGUGUCAUUUGAAAAUUCUAAUUUAAAAGAUGAUACACAUCAUAGUGAUGAAAAAAAAGAUACAGAAGAUGACAAUAAUUCAAAAGAAUAUAAUAUGGAUGAUAUUAAUAAUUAUUCCUUACAAGAAAAUAAUAAAAUUAAAAUUGUUUUAAAAGAUUCAAAUGCAGUACAUAAUUUUGAACAAAAUGUAGAAAACAAAAGUAAAGGGGAACAAAAGAAAUCUACAAAAAUGUUAAAGAAAAGAAAACGAAAUAAAAAUGUUAUUCUUUUUGAAGAAAAUAUUUUUGAUAACUAUUUAGAAAAUAAAAAAAGCUGUAUGCUUAAGUGUGAUAAAAAUGUUUUUAUAACGGACUGUUUUUAUUAUAAAAAUAUUUUUAGAAACUUGCAUGAGUUUAUUGAUGAUCAUUCGACUGAGGGAAAUGAUGAAAAAAUGAAUUCUCAUCAGAAUGGCACAGAUUGUGAAAAUGUGAUAAGUAAGAAAAAUGUCAAUAGGGAUAAUAAUUUAAAUAAUGAUGAUAGUUUAAAUAAUGAUGAUAAUUUAAAUAAUGAUGAUAGUUUAAUAAAUAAUGAUAAUUUAAUAAAUAAUGAUGAUAAUUUAAAUAAUGAUGAUAAUUUAAAUAAUAAUAAUGUUAAUAUAAACCUUGGUGAGGUGCAACAAAAUCAUAAUCGUAAUCUAAUCGAAGAAACCAAACAGAUCUCCCACAAUGAAGAAAAUAGUAAAAAAUUAUGGAAAGAAAAAACAACCACACUUUAUAAUUAUGAUAAUAAAAAUUAUAAAACACACGUAUUUCAUUAUUCGUCAAAUGAAGAAAAAAAGAAUACAUAUAUUACAAAUGAUGUCAAUAAUAUUAAUGAAAAUUUAAAAAUUCAAUUUACGCAAAAAACAAUUCAUCCGCAUGAACACGAUGGAAAUAUUCUGACUGUUCAGGAAAAAACGAAAGAAUUUAUGAACAAGUCAUGUAAUAUUUCAAAUGAGGAUAAAAUAUGUAUACAUAUAAAAAAAAGUAAUAAUAUUCAAAUGAGUAAAAUACCAAAGAGUGUGUUUAGUGGAUUUUCUGAAGAUUAUCAGGAUGAGAGUUCUUCAGAAGAUGAAAAAAAAGUGGCUGAAAAGAAUUCAAAUGACAAAAAAGUGGAUGAAAAUAAUAUAAAUGACAAAAAAGUGGAUGAAAAGAAUGCAAAUGACAAAAAAGUGGAUGAAAAUAAUAUAAAUGACAAAAAAGUGGAUGAAAAUAAUAUAAAUGACAAAAAAGUGGAUGAAAAGAAUAUAAAUGACAAAAAAGUGGAUGAAAGGAAUGUGUGUGAAAAAUAUAUGAAUGCACAUAAGCAUGCAACAAAUGAUCACAUAAAUGAAAGUUAUGAGUGCGUUUCUUUCAACGAUACCUUGAAAUGCGACGUGGAGUAUGAAAAGAAUGCCCCCUCAUACUUUAUAACGUAUGGAAAUAUUAUUAAUAAUAUAAUUUCGAACAAUGAGGAUACACAUGAAGAUAAUGCUUCUCAAAUUCAAAAUGAAAAUAAGAAUUGUAAUUUUUAUGAUAAGGAGGAUAUGUCUCAUGCUCAAAUGGAAAGGCAUGGAGAGAAAAUGUGUGAUUAUAAUAAUGAGAAGAAAAAAAAAGAAGUUAUAUUGAAGCAUACCCGUGAGGGUAAUGAUAAUAAUUAUAAUGACGAUAAAAAUUAUGAUGAUAAAAAUUAUGAUGAUGAAAACCUUAUGAAUAGUGACGAUUCCAUCCUUUUCAACAUAAGUAACAAAAAUUUUUAUAAUUUUCAUUUAUUAUUUAAAAAAGAUGAAAAAUUAAAAAAGGAGUUUUUUUUACAAAAUAAGAUAAGCGAAAAGACCUUAUUAUUAAAUUUGUAUGUUGAUUAUAGUAAUAUGGAAGAUACAUCUUUUUUCCAUAUAAAUAAUACAAAUUUUUAUAAUUAUUAUUUUGAUGAUUAUUUUUAUUUUUUUAUAAAAUCAUGUUAUGAUUUAGAUUUAUAUAUAAAAAUUCAGAGAAAAAACAUUUUCUUAACGGAUGAAAAGUAUUUUGAAUUCUUAAAAAUACAUAUAAUGAAUAAAUCUACAAAAAAUAAGAAGAUCCCAUUUUAUUUAUGUAACAACUCUGUUGAACAAAAUAAUAAUUUAAUAAAAGUUUUAGAUAACUGUUUUAAACAUUUUAAUUUAUAUAAUGGAAAUAGUUCAAGCACCUUAACUUUAUAUGAUUCUGUAAAUGAAAUAUCUUUUCUUCUUUCUCAAAUAAGGAUAUAUAUAAAGGAAAUAGAUAUUUUAUUGAGACUUGAUAUUAAUAAGACUACAAACACAACCACAAUAAGUAUUUUAAAAAAAAAGGUUGCACUAAUGACAUAA